AAGAUGAGAAAAUCACGAUGUUUCGCAGUUUCUUUCUUUCUUUUCACUCGGUGGACGCCAUGCUGACUGAGGCACCAUGGGAAGCAAAAGUUCAGAGGUCACUCUUAAGUAAAAGUUCUUGCCGCAUGUUACAUCAUACGUAGACUAAUAAUUUUCUCGUGGACUUAGAACUUGUAUUGACUCUUCCGCGACGUAAAACGUUUGGUUCCACGACACAGCAGUGGCGAAAGCGGUCCUGGCGGUUGCCGAGAAGAUGGCGCGGCGUGUGGCGGUGAUCGGGGCGGGGGCCGCGGGGCUGUGCGCCGCCCGGCACCUGAGCGCCCGCCCGGACCAGUUCGUGCCCACGGUGUACGAGCAGACCGGGAGGGUCGGCGGGACCUGGGUCUACACGGACCGGGUAGGGACGGACGAACACGGUCUGCCGGUACACUCCAGCAUGUACAAGAACCUCAGAACCAACCUACCUAAGGAGGUGAUGGCCUUCCCAGACUUUCCCUUUGACAGCAGCCUGCCGUCGUUUAUCACACACCAGGAGGUGCUGAGGUACCUGGAGGACUACACCGACCACUUCCAACUCAGGAAACACAUCCAGUUCCUGACCAAGGUGGACACUGUGAGACCAGUGCCCUGCGCUGACCAGAUGGUGUGGGAAGUGACCGUCAGCAGUGUGGAGGAGCCGGAGAAGAAGACCACUCAGCAGUUUGAUGCCGUGAUGGUUUGUAACGGGCAUUACUCGGUGCCGUACAUCCCUGCCAUCCCCGGGGCUGAGUCGUUCCAGGGAAGGUUCAUCCACAGUCACGAGUACCGCAGUCCGGACGACUUCGAAGGCAAAAACGUCGUACUACUUGGAGCAGCGUCAUCAGGGCAAGACAUCGCCUUGGAGAUCAGCGCGACGGCCAAUCAGGUCGUCCUCAGCCAUGAAAAACCGCCAAUCAAAAGCCAGCUCCCUUCCAACAUGAAGGAAGCUCCAGGGGUGGAGCGUUUCAAAGCUCCUAAAACUGUCAGGUUUACAAAUGGGGAGGAAUUUGAAGCUGAUGUUUUUAUGUACUGUACCGGGUAUCACUACCACUUCCCCUUUCUUACUCCGGAAUGUGAGGUUUCCGUACAGCGGGGUCGCAUCACCCCCCUUUACAAACACCUCCUCCACACCUCCUUCCCCACCCUGUCAAUCGUCGGCAUCUGCUGCCGUAUCUGUCCCUUCCCUCAGUUCGACAGACAGGUCCUGUUCGCCCAGGCCGCGUUGGAUGGCAGUUUCGCGCUCCCCUCUCGAGAAGAGAUGGAGGAAGACAUUCGGCGGGACUAUCACCGUCGUUUAGACGCGGGGAAACCUCCGCACCACGCUCACGAGAUGGGGGAGGAACAGUGGGAGUACAACAACGAACUGUCCCGGCUGAUUGGACUUGCCCCCCUCCCCAAGGCAGUGGAGUUAGUGUACAGGGGUGUGCAUCACGAGAGAGUUAACAACCUGCAGUGGUACAAGGACGGGCAGUAUGAAAUAACAGGGCCAGAAUCCUGGAGAAAACUAGAGUAAGGGGGCCUGCAUGGGGGGGUCCCGACAACGCUCUAUGCUAAAUUGUGAGAGCACUUGGUGAAACUAUUUUCAAAUGUUUUAGCUUCUAUUUGAGUUGUAGAGUACUUUUCUUGCUUUGUAGGACUUAAGUGGUGGUUGACCACCAGUCUUUAUUUUUUACAUAUUGUAUGGCCCCAGAAAAGCCAACAGGUAAAAUGUAAAAUACAUGUAGAAAAUACCUUGUCUAAAGUUAAUGUUCAAUUUUCAAUCAAAGAGACUAUUUUGAAUGUAUUAAAGAGAUCAUAAGAGUAAUUUUAUGCACUCAUAACUGAUUGAAUACUCUGUGCAAUGUACUAGUAGUAAAUAUAGGUGAAUGAAAAUUAUAUAAUAAAAAUUAAUUGCACAGCUCUCUGCAUUUGACAAUGGUUGAAUAAACACCUUUGUAAAAUGAAGUUGCCUAAGGAAAUCAAGAACUUAAUAAAAUCCCAAUAAAUGUUG